GUUUAGUGAGUUAUUGUGAGACAAGUGGUGAAUGAAUGCAAACUAAUUGUCAUUGAAUUGACACAAAACUAAUCAUACAAUUGAUAUACAGUUGAAGACAUCAUUAAUAGCCAUAAGUAUGAGUCGAUUGAACGCUAAUAACAAACAAAUGGCUUGUAUUAAAGAGGACGUCAAGAUCAGCAUAACUGAGCGCUUGGACACCUUCCUCCGCGAUGACAGUCGCGCCGAAAUAGUGUUUGAGUCGAGUCUGACAUCCAAUGAACGCAAAUAUAUACACAACUAUUGCAUCCAAUUCUCGCUGAAGACCAGAAGCCAU